AUGGCUGACGAGUCAACGCGACAUGUGAGGGCCAUGUCUCUAAUACCUUUGGAUCUUGCACAUCAUUUCUCCAGAGCUUCGAAGAAGAGAAUUCCAAAUGUUCUAAAAGAAUACUACAGGUUUCUGCGAAACCCUGAAAUGGCUAAUUUUGCUGGUGGUUUGCCAUACACGGGAAAUUUUCCUUUCGAUGCCUUGGAAAUCCACCUUGUCGCGCCACAGAGCCUAAAUACCCUCAAUGGCCAAAGUCGCGACAUGAACUCGGAAGGAAGUAGGAUCUCACGGAUGCGAAUCCUUCGGAGUUCAGUCGGCGAGAAGUCUCAACGCAUCAUUGAUCUGGACACAUCUCUUCAAUACGGUAGCUCGCAGGGAUACCCACCUCUCUAUGCAUGGCUUAAGAAACUGGUCAAUACGGUCUACCAUCCGAAUAUACCGUACAAGGGUGGAGCCGAUGUCAUGAUUUGUGGCGGAUCGGCAGACGGAUUGUCUAAGGUCUAUGAACUUCUUUUCAACCACUGGGACGAAGAUGUGAACGAUAUUCGGGACCGCGAGGGGUUGCUCGUAGAAGAGUUUGUAUACGCUCCACCAAUCGCGCAGUUGAGACCCAGAGAUGUCAAUAUUGUACCCAUUAAAAUGGACAUGGAGGGCAUGCUUGCAUAUGGAUCAGGUGGUCUUCUUGACGUCCUUGACAACUGGGAUCUCUCGAAGGGAAAGAGACCUCAUGCCAUUUACCUCAUUCCUACGGGUCAAAAUCCUACGUCAGGCGUACUGUCGUUUCCUAGGCGCAGAGACAUAUAUGAUAUCUGCUCACGAUUUGAUGUCAUAAUUAUCGAAGACGAUCCUUAUUGGACUCUUUACUACGCCUCAGCGAACUCAAACUCGAUCAAGCAUCGAGGUACUCCUCUCUCAGCAAACUUCCCCGUUGAUAUUCAUCAUAAUUACAUUAUACAGUCACUCAACGGCCAAUCCACCGGACAUCGUUUUCUCGACGGUCUAGUUCCAAGUUUCCUUAGCAUUGAUUUGGAUGGACGUGUCAUCCGAUUGGAUUCAUUCUCAAAGACAAUUGCACCAGGUCUUCGUUUGGGGUGGAUCACUGCUCAGCCAAGAAUAUGUGAGCAGCUUUUCAGAAUCACGGAUGGAACCACCCAGCAGCCCUCUGGAUUCGCUCAAGCUAUUGUUGCGAAAAUAAUAGGCGACUUUGGCAAGAAUGCCACUGAUGUCAAUUCAACAGCCAGUCAUGACAAAUUGUCCAAUGGCUGGGGGUUAGAAGGGUGGGUUGAUUGGCUUGAGAAUCUCCGCUCAACUUAUGAACGUCGAAUGAUCACAAUGGCAGCGUCGCUUGAAAAGAACAGAUUCCUGACAUCCGAGACAGGGCAAGUCGAGAUGUUCACCUUUAAUUGGCCAUUAGGAGGCAUGUUCAUUUGGGUCCGGGUUAAGAUCCUCAACCAUCCUCUGAGUUCAUCGAUUGACCCAAGGCGACUGAUGCUGGCAUUGUGGAAUUUUUGUACUCAGCAGCCUUACAGGAUUCUAGCUGUUCCCGGUGGCGAUUUCGCCGCUAAUGAUGCCGUCAGAAACGCAGAAGGAUACCAGUUUCUUCGUUUUUGCUUUGCCGCUGUUGAAGAAAGUACUCUGGCAGCCAAGUCUGAAUUAUUUGCGGACGCGUGUGCACAAUUUUGGAACAUGAAGGAUGCCAGAAGGAUUGAUGAUAUUCUCCAGGAAGAAGAUCUGCUUGCAUCGGCGAACCAAACGGCAGAAGAGACCGCAGUCCUUGAUAGAGAGGUUAUAGAGGAUUGGUAA